UGUAUUGGUCAUGAAUACUGACACUGGAACCAUUCUUUCCUCUUAAUGCGAGUAAAAGGAAUUCGGGACCCGUGGGAGCGGCUCGGAUUUUGGAGAAGCGCAUGGAUAUAGACACCAGAGAUGAACAGGAAAACUUAAGCAUUUAUUAUUGCAACGGAUGAUCAUGGGCACUUACCUUAUGAAGUUGUUCUUGGGCGUAGUGUAGAAUACGAUGACGAAGAAGUGGAUCGUAUCACUACUGCAAGGUGCUUCGUGCAAUUGUAUGAGGCACGUAGAGCAGGUCCACUGUCUCGUGAUCAAAGUUGGUUGCAUAAGUAGUACCUUCGUUAUCGGCAGGUUGAUCUGGUGCUAUGUCCUCUCCCCCAAUGGUAGCCUACAGUAUGGCCGCCUUCUCUUUGAUGAAAUGGGUGAUCCCAAGCAGCCAUUUUUGUGGAACACCAUCAUCAGAGGGUACUGUAAGAGUCCCUUCCCCCUCGAAGCCCUUCGCCUAUACAACCGCAUGAUUUGCUUGGGCACUCGGGCAGACAACUUUACCUUCCCUUUUGUUCUCAAUGCGUGUGCCAGAGCCUUCACAAUUGUGGAGGCUGAUGAGAAGUGCUCCCUCUCGUGCAAGGGUGCUGAAGUUCACUGCAGAAUUGUUCAUUCUGGCUUCGAAGGAAAUGGUUUCGUCCAAAACUCCCUUAUCUUCAUGUACUCCGGGUACGGCCAGGUUGAGUUUGCUCGUCGAGUGUUUGAUGAGAUGCCAAUCCGAACCCCCGUCUCCUGGAAUACCAUGAUUGUUGCCUACGAUAGAUGCCAACAGGUUGAUAUAGCCAAUUCUCUUCGUGAAGAGAUGCCAACGAAGAACGUGGUUUCCUGGAACAGUGAAAUCACAAAACUCGUCAAGAGUGGCCACGUUGAUGCUGCACGUCAACUAUUUGACCAAAUGCCUGAACGAGAUGCCGUUUCGUGGAACGCUAUGAUAGCAGGGUAUGUAACGCAAAAACAAUACGCCGAGGCCUUGGAGCUCUUCCGCCAGAUGCAGAUUACUGGUGACGAGCCGACUGAGAUUACUGUGAUCUCAAUGCUUGGUGCAUGUGCGGAGGUUGGUGAGCUUGAGUCUGGUAGACGAAUACACGCCUACAUACAGGAAAAGGGAUUCAAGGUGGAAGGUUUUAUGGGCAAUGCUCUCAUCGACAUGUAUGCGAAGUGCGGAUGCUUGGAUUUAGCGCGUCAUGUUUUCCACCGGAUGACCAUGAAGCACGUUUCUUCAUGGAACGCGAUGAUAGUAGGUUUGGCUGUUCACGGUCAAAGUGAAGAAGCCCUCGAACUUUUUACUGCUAUGGAGCAGACACAAAUUCGGCCUAACAUGGUCACCUUCUUGGGAGUUCUCACUGCUUGUAUCCACAAGGGUCUCCGAGAUGAAGCUCGGCGCUACUUUCGUAGUAUGUCAGAGGACUACGGUAUCAAACCUGACAUAAAGCAUUUUGGGUGUAUGGUGGAUCUUUAUUGUAGGUUGGGUAUGCUUGAGGAGGCUAAGCAGGUAAUUGACACAAUGCCUUUUGAACCUAAUUGCGUUGUGUGGCGAACUCUGUUAAGUGCUUGUAGGUCUUCUGAAGGCGUGAAUGUUAAGUUGGCAGAAAAGGCUAUACAAGGUUUGCUUCAACUGGGGCCUCUUGAAGAUAUGGACUAUGUAUUGUUAUCCAAUGUCUAUGCAGAAGGUAGAAGAUGGAAAGAUGUGGCAACUGCUAGAAGCAUAAUGCUCGACUCGAAAGUUGUGAAGAAUCCUGGGUAUAGCCAAAUCCAGGUAGGCUUGUAAAAAAACUCAUGGAUUGUGCUACUGGGACCACCACCACCUUGGGCAUGUUGUCUCUUCCACGAACUUUAGGCGCCGGCGGCAAUUGACUCUAGACAAUUCCUCAUGUUGCUGCAGAAGUGUAAGAGGACUUUACAUUUAUGAUUUUCCAGGGUAAGUUGGCUUCCAAUUUCAAAAUGAUGGAAGCCCUUUUACUAGAAGAAGGGAUAUUUGAGUUCCAAACUGGAGGAAUAUUUCUCCUGGAACAUAAAAAUCAGUGAAAAUGACAUUGUAUCAUGGCCUCUAGCAAAACGACAGUCUUUUGGAUGAAAGUUUGGAUUCCAAUUCAGGGAACCUGGCUUUCAGGGGAUUCUUGAUUCGGAUGCAAUGCUACCGUCUCAGGAAAAGAGCAGUCCAUCUAUAGCUGUUCCUUUUUUUCUCAACUAAAUUCGAAGGCCUGAAUAAGUUUCAGAAGAUAUCAAAUGCACUCAAGUGGAAGGGACAUCAGCUGGUGCGUCCCCUUGAAAAGGAACUAGAUAACUUUUCUGGUCAGAGAACCUUGAUGGACAGUAAUGGUUAGUGAUUAACUUGAAUACUCUUGCCAUGUUUGUUUGAUGAAACGCUUUACAGGACAGUAUCCUGAUGCUGAAAGCCGGAAACUAGCUGUCCUGAAAAAGGAUCAGAUGAAAGUUUAUGUUCAGAUGAUGCAACCACUGAACUUGAAUCGAGGCAGCUUGUGCUCCAAUCAGUUCAACAGUUAAGUUCCUGGGGAGGUAGAUAUCGAUAAUAACUACAGCAAAAAAUUUUCUAACGUGGUAGAUAGAUCAGCAGAUGCCGACUUCAUUUCUUAAUUUUAUUUGAGGGUUCUUCCAUUCUGUCUCGCGGUUCUUUUCUGACUAGUAUGCUUUUCGUAGAUCACAUUGGGAAGUCAUUUUUGUCGAAGAAAUCUACAGCGACGAUGCUGAAAACGUUACAAUCACAUUAAAAGCUGGCUAUCUGAAUAUUAAACUUGAAUAAUUGAUACAUAA